AUGAGCAAUUUAUUAGGACUUUCUUAUUACGACGAAGAGGAGGAAGAGGAUCUACAACAACAAAACGACAACCAAGAAACCUCUACGGAAUCUUUUUUUGUAGAGCAAAAUAAUUCAACCAUUAUAGCGGUAAUUCACCCAAAAGAUACAAAAGAUGUAGACUUCAAAAACAGUGACUCUAUGCCUAAUGCCACAAUAGAUAAUAUGAAUGUUUCAAAGGAAACAACAGCAAUAGAAACAAUAAAAGUUGAAACCUCACCGGUAUCAAAACCUCAAACACCAUCGCCAAACUCUUUUUCCACUCUUGUUCGUCGACGAUAUAAUGAACCUAAUGCUGCCGCCAAGGAACUAAGAAAACAAAUGCGUAUGCGAGAAUUGCUAAGACCUAAACCAAUACCAGAUGUCGAGAAUUGGGGAAUACCUCCCGAACCGGAUGCUGAAUGUGAUCCAAAUGUGCAGGAGAAAAUUUCUCGUGUAAUGUAUUUAUGGGGGAAAGGCCAAAAUUGCACAUUUUCACCAAUUAAAAGAACAAGGGAGUUUGUUGAAUUGGACGAAAUUGGUUCGAAUUUCCCCAAAGAUGUUUUUGAUCCGUAUGGUUUUCCGCGUGAGAUGUACGCCGAUAAAUUAGCGGAAACUCAAAGAAGAAUAACAGAGGAGCGUCAAGCAGCACAACUACAGCAGCAGCGAACUCACAUCCAAUUUGUUGGCUCAUCUGGUAGUUCCGCAGGAAUAUCAAAAUCACGACAUGUAAUGCAAAGUUUAGCCGCUAGAGCUAGCAGCAGCACUAUCACGGCAUCUUCUAUGACAUCAUCAACGACAGUUUCCUCCAAUUCUGCUCCUUCCGGUAAAAAGCGAACAAGUAAAUGGGACGUUCCUGCAGCUGCUUCUGCCCCAGCUGCUUCUUCCUCUACAUCUUCAAGAUCUAUACACGAGACGGUAAGAGAGCAAGGAAUUAACCAUAAUAAUACUAAUUACACAUUUGGGUGA